GUCGUGUUAUUCUUAUAUAUUUGUACAUUAUUUUUUGGAUAGAAAAAAUAGUAUUUAAACUCAGAUUACUGCACACUAGUGGUCAUCACCACUAUUUUGAUUUUGUCUUUUGUAGUGGAAACAGCUGAGAUCGUUUUAACAAGUCUGCUGGCCCGCACACUCAUCAUAAAUGCGGAUCAGAGCGGCUUUUUAAUAAGUCGUUUCUUUUUUUUUCGGGAAUAUAAUGGAUCCAAGGGUUCUAUACAUACACACAUAUAUAUAAAUAAUAUAUGGUGUAUUUAGGUAAAUAGGCGUUCUGUUUAUUCUUUUCCAUUUCUUAAAAUGAUUGGACUGAAGACUUGGGUUUAGUACUUUUAUUUCCCGUUCACGUGCUUAUCACGGGCUGAUGGUGUGCUUGUUUGAUUUGUUAUAUACAGAAUAUACUGACAGUACUACAUAAUUAAAGCAACAACAACAACACACUAUUAAAUAGCAUGCUAAUCUAGUACACACACACUGUCGGUCCCACCACUGUUUUACUCUAAACAUUGAAUUAGUAGCUGCUGAGUUUCUCAUACUCAGGCGCCGUGAUGUCAGUGCUGGCGGUGGACCAGCUGAGAGACACCUCAGCACUGUCCUCAUGUCCACCUACCACAUGCCUACUGAAUCUAUGAGACAGCUCGGACAUUAGUCUGACGCUGUUAAACACGUUGCCAGGAAUAUUGAAAUCAAUCGGCGAAAAAAAAUGCAACGGAAGGAGACGUCUUGCUGCUACCAAGAGUUUAAUGACGAGGAUUGUGCACGAGCAUCUGCAGCUUAUCAGCACAAUGGAGAUGUUGCCGAGGACCAAGAUGAAGCCGGGUGUAAUGUCUUGCCAGAUGUGGAUGUUAUGGACAGCAGUCCACAACCUACUGCCUUCAAUAAAGCUUGUUUGAAAAAUGUCUUCACGGUCAUUCUCGUUCUCAUCUACCUUAUGCUAACAACAGUGGCUGUAUUUCUGGCCUAUCAAACCAUUUCUGACUUUCUGGAGAAGCUUAAUCAUCCUGUAAUGUCUGUGUCCUACAAAGAGGUUGAGGAGUUUGCUUCCCCAGGAAUUGCACUGUACCCAGGGAAAGCUCGGUUAUUAAGCUGUCGGCACCACUAUCAUGAUCACAUUCCCCCUCGUCUAUUAGCAGGGCAGACAGAGGACAGUGACUGUGUAAUAGAGGAAGUUAUUUAUAUUGACCCAUACACAAACCAUUCAAAACGAGCCAUGGUGGUUGAAGGUCCAACAGAUGUCAGGAACCGAGAGCUCAUAUUUCUACAGUUCAGUCAGAACGAAACCGAAGAGGACUUUAGUGCCAUCAGUUACAUGCUGUUUGCCCAGUUCAGUGACAUGGUUCAGAGCUCAGAUAAAGCUGAAUUCAUGCAGGACUGUGAAAAGAACUACUCGAUGUGGACUUUCUCUGGUGGCUUUCGUACAUGGGUCAAAAUGUCUUUGGUUAGGACAUCUGGAAAGGGAAAUGAAUCUGUUGAAUUUAGGCAAGAGUCUAGUGUGGUGAAGUACAAUGACAGGAGGCCUCCCCCAGAGCAAACUAAUGAGCUUUUCUUCAUUGUGUUUCAAUGGCGAGAUCCAUUUAUACAACAAGUCAAAGAUAUUGUCACAGCAAACCCGUGGAACACCAUAGCAAUUCUGUGUGGGGUCUUGAUGGCUCUUUUUAAAGCAGCUAACUUUGCCAAGUUAAGCAUUAAGUGGACGAUCAAAAUCCGCAAAAGACACUUAAGAGCAAAAAUCAGGGAAAUGAACCAAAUCAGCUGACUGACAAUUAACAGUGCAUGGUCCAACAUUCCCUUUUUACUGACAACACUUUUAAUGUUUACCCAAUGGAUUUUAAAGAGAAUCUUUUAUAUUUAUAACUAAUUCCGACAUAACAGUGAACUGUUAUUUUUUUUUAUUAUUAUUGAAUCAGUAUGUAUUACUUGAAAUUUUACAAUGACUACUGACAUUUUGAACAUUAAUUUAGAAUGUUCUUCACACAAGAGCUGGAUGAGAGAGUACCAAACUGACUUUGACAAUAUCGAGAAAUCUUUACUACAAUUCUUCUCCAGUCUUUUUCUCAAAAACAUUAAUGCUAGAUGCUACGUUGCCUUAUUUCAGUUGUCUGUGCAGCAAAUCUUACAUGCAUGUAGGGCUUGAUCUCUGAAAGCAAAUAAUCAGUUGUGUGGGUGUGCCUUUGUGUUAUCAUAUUUGACUGCUCAUUAUUUUUAUGAUUUUAUUUUAAAUGUGCUCAGAGACCUAAUUGAUUUUAAACAAUCAAAAUGGAAAAAUUUAUAUAAAACCUUAGUUUGAAGUUUGUUACUAUGUCUUUACUUUUGCACUUUUGUCAGUUUGAAACCUACGUGUGGCUGACAUUUAUGACAGUUGUCAUAAAUGUCAUCAAUUUAUGACAUUUCGUAUUGUGACCCACCCCCCACCCCCUGUAUACUAGUUUUCUUUCUCCUUAUGUUAGACCAUGCAGUUUCAUCACCACGAUGUUGAUUUACAAUAUAUACUUUGCACACAAUCUUUCAUUGAGUAAGAAUAAAGAUUUAUGUGUUUUAAGAUAUAA